GCUAGACGUCUGGGCAGCCCCAACGCUGCGCGCAGCAGCCUUCCUCCGCUUCCUUCACAGUGCGCUAGCUCCGGGCUGGCCAGGGCGCCUGGAGUGAGUUCCCCAGGCCACCGCCUCCCAGACCGACGACAGUUCACCUGGACGGGCGCCUGAGUUCCAGGUCGCGUCGCUGCCGACGCAGUCGCCGCGCAGCCCGUGGGACUCCGUCUGAAUCGGAUUAAUCCCGGAGAGCCCCAAGGCAGCCUCUCCUGGGCAGAGAUGCGACCCUCGGGGACCACGGGAACCGCGCUGCUGUUGCUACUGGCCGCGCUCUGCGCCGCAGGUGGGGCCUUGGAGGAAAAGAAAGUUUGUCAAGGCACAAGUAACAGACUCACCCAACUUGGCACUUUUGAAGACCACUUUCUGAGCCUGCAGAGGAUGUUCAACAACUGUGAAGUGGUCCUUGGGAACUUGGAAAUAACCUACGUGCAAAAGAAUUAUGACCUUUCUUUCUUAAAGACCAUCCAGGAGGUGGCUGGCUAUGUGCUCAUUGCUCUCAACACCGUGGAGAAGAUCCCUCUGGAGAACCUGCAGAUCAUCAGGGGGAACACUCUAUAUGAGAACACCUAUGCCUUAGCUGUCCUGUCCAACUAUGGGGAAAACAAAACUGGGCUUAGAGAACUGCCCAUGCGGAACUUACAGGAAAUUCUGACCGGCGCUGUGCGAUUCAGCAAUAACCCCGUCCUCUGCUACGUGGAUACCAUCCAGUGGAGGGACAUCGUGCAGGAUAUCUUUCUGAGCAACAUGUCAAUGGAAUCACAAAACCAACCGAGAAGCUGCCAAAAAUGUGAUCCGAGCUGUCCGAACGGAAGUUGCUGGGGAGGAGGAGAAGAGAACUGUCAGAAAUUGACCAAAAUCAUCUGUGCCCAGCAAUGUUCCCGGCGUUGUCGUGGCAGGUCCCCCAGUGAUUGCUGCCACAACCAGUGUGCCGCUGGGUGUACGGGGCCCAGAGAGAGUGACUGUCUGGUCUGCCACAGGUUCCGAGAUGAAGCCACAUGCAAAGACACCUGCCCACCGCUGAUGCUGUACAAUCCCACAACCUACCAGAUGGAUGUCAACCCGGAAGGGAAGUACAGCUUUGGGGCCACCUGUGUGAAGAAAUGCCCCCGAAACUAUGUGGUGACAGAUCACGGCUCAUGUGUCCGGGCCUGCGGUCCUGACUACUAUGAAGUGGAGGAAGACGGUGCUCGCAAGUGUAAAAAGUGUGACGGGCCCUGUCGCAAAGUUUGUAAUGGCAUAGGCAUUGGCGAAUUUAAAGACACACUCUCCAUAAAUGCCACUAACAUCAAACACUUCAAAUACUGCACUGCCAUCAGUGGGGACCUUCAUAUCCUGCCAGUGGCCUUUAAGGGGGAUUCCUUCACACGGACCCCUCCUCUAGACCCACGGGAACUAGAUAUUCUAAAAACCGUAAAGGAAAUAACAGGGUUUUUGCUGAUUCAGGCUUGGCCUGAAAACUGGACGGACCUCCAUGCUUUUGAGAACCUAGAAAUCAUACGUGGCAGAACAAAGCAACACGGUCAGUUUUCUCUUGCGGUUGUUGGCCUGAACAUCACAUCAUUGGGAUUGCGUUCCCUCAAGGAAAUAAGCGAUGGGGAUGUGGUCAUUUCCGGAAACCGAAACUUAUGCUACGCAAAUACAAUAAACUGGAAAAAAUUCUUUGGGACUUCCAAUCAGAAAACCAAAAUUAUGACCAACAGAGCCCAGAAUGACUGCAAGGCCACAGGCCACGUCUGUAAUCCUCUAUGCUCCUCGGAAGGCUGCUGGGGCCCUUCGCCCAGGGAUUGUGUCUCCUGCCAGAAUGUCAGCAGGGGCAGGGAGUGUGUGGAAAAGUGCAACGUCCUGGAGGGGGAGCCGAGGGAGUUUGUGGAGAAAUCUGAGUGCAUCCAGUGCCACCCAGAAUGUCUGCCCCAGGACAUGAACAUCACCUGUACAGGCCGGGGGCCAGACAACUGCAUCAAGUGUGCCCACUACAUUGACGGCCCACACUGUGUCAAGACCUGCCCCGCUGGGGUCAUGGGGGAGAACAGCACGCUGGUCUGGAAGUAUGCAGACGCCAACAAUGUCUGCCACCUCUGCCAUCCAAACUGUACUUAUGGAUGUACUGGGCCAGGUCUCCAAGGAUGUCCGCUACCAAGGCCCAAGAUCCCAUCCAUUGCCAUUGGGAUUGUGGGUGGCCUCCUCUUCAUAGUUGUGGUGGCCCUUGGAAUUGGCCUAUUCAUGCGAAGACGCCACAUUGUCCGAAAACGUACCCUACGCCGCCUACUUCAGGAGAGAGAGCUCGUGGAACCGCUCACACCCAGCGGAGAAGCUCCCAACCAAGCCCUCUUGAGGAUCUUAAAGGAAACAGAAUUCAAGAAGAUCAAAGUUCUGGGUUCCGGAGCAUUUGGCACAGUGUAUAAGGGUCUCUGGAUUCCAGAAGGUGAGAAAGUCAAAAUCCCUGUGGCCAUCAAGGAGUUAAGAGAAGCCACGUCUCCAAAAGCCAACAAGGAAAUCCUUGAUGAAGCAUAUGUGAUGGCCAGUGUGGACAACCCUCAUGUGUGCCGCCUCCUGGGCAUCUGCCUAACCUCCACCAUCCAGCUCGUCACACAGCUGAUGCCCUAUGGCUGCCUCCUGGACUAUGUCCGAGAACACAAGGACAACAUCGGCUCUCAGUACCUACUCAACUGGUGUGUGCAGAUUGCAAAGGGCAUGAACUAUCUGGAAGAUCGGCGCUUGGUCCACCGUGACUUGGCAGCCAGGAAUGUCCUGGUGAAGACCCCGCAGCAUGUCAAGAUCACAGAUUUUGGGCUGGCCAAACUGCUCGGUGCUGACGAGAAAGAAUACCAUGCUGAAGGAGGCAAAGUGCCGAUCAAGUGGAUGGCCUUGGAAUCAAUUUUACAUCGAAUUUAUACACACCAAAGUGAUGUCUGGAGCUAUGGAGUCACCGUGUGGGAACUGAUGACCUUCGGGUCCAAGCCUUAUGAUGCAAUCCCUGCAAGUGAGAUCUCAUCCAUCCUGGAGAAAGGAGAACGCCUUCCACAGCCACCUAUCUGCACCAUUGAUGUCUACAUGAUCAUGGUCAAGUGCUGGAUGAUAGAUGCCGAUAGCCGCCCAAAGUUCCGAGAGUUGAUUCUUGAAUUCUCCAAAAUGGCCCGAGACCCCCAGCGCUACCUUGUUAUCCAGGGGGAUGAAAGGAUGCAUUUGCCAAGCCCAACAGACUCCAACUUUUACCGAGCCCUGAUGGAUGAAGAGGACAUGGAAGAUGUGGUUGAUGCCGAUGAGUACCUCAUUCCACAGCAAGGCUUCUUCAACAGCCCAUCCACAUCUCGGACUCCCCUCUUGAGUUCUCUGAGUGCAACCAGCAACAAUUCCACUGUGGCUUGCAUUAAUAGAAAUGGGCAGAGCUGUCGUCUCAAGGAAGACAGCUUCUUACAGCGGUACAGCUCCGACCCCACUGGUGCCUUAAUGGAGGACAGCCUAGACGACACGUUCCUCCCUGCGCCGGAAUAUAUAAACCAGUCUGUCCCCAAAAGGCCAGCAGGCUCUGUACAGAACCCUGUCUAUCACAAUCAGCCCUUGCAUCCAGCUGCUGGCAGGGACCUGCAUUAUCAAAAUCCCCAUAGCAACGCCGUGGGCAACCCUGAGUAUCUCAACACUGUCCAGCCUACCUGUGUCAGCGGUGGAUUUGACAGCCCUGCCCUCUGGGUUCCCAAAGGCAGCCAUCAAAUGAGCCUGGACAACCCUGAUUACCAGCAGGACUUCUUUCCCCAGGAAGCCAGGCCAAACGGCAUCUAUAAGGGCCCCACGGCUGAAAAUGCCGAAUAUCUACGUGUAGCACCAACAAGCACUGACUUUAUUGGAGCCUGAGAUGGAGGGGUGUCACACCAGCUAUAAAAUCUCCAGACUUAUCAUUACCCCAGGACCAAGCCAAGGCAGCACCUCCAAACAGCCAUGCCCAUGUUGUGCCAAAUGUCAGACCCUCGGACUACUUUGCAACAGUAACUUUGAUGGGCUCUGUCUUUGAGCCCAGCAAUGGGCCCCUCCCCUGACGUGCUUUGGGAAGUUGAAGGUACGUUUCUUUUUUAAUCCUUCAAACUGUGAAGAUUCUACAAAAAGGCAUCCACCAUGAAUGUAGUCCAUUGGGACGGAAGUUUACCUCAUGGUGAGGUGCACGGGGAAGAAAACACACAUAUGGAGAUUUGCUGCACGGGGACCUUUGGAUUCUUAUUUUCUUUAUUGAUUUGAUUCAUGGGCUCUUCCAAGAAGGAAGGCGCUUACUUGCGGUAUGUAUUACACAGAGUUGCCCGGUGCCAACUGUGACCAGUUGAUUCCACAAGCUCUGCUUCGAGACAUUUCUAUGGCAAGACAACUACAUAACAAGAAGGCCUGCGUGCCCUGAGCAGGCCACACUUGUACAACCUUAAACUAUGGCAGGUACAAUAGGAUAAGCCACUUUGUUACUUCCUGGGGCUGGGAGAAGGAGGAGGAAGGGGUAGAAUUUCCCCUCAGACUUGCUUUUGUAUGAAUCUGUCCCCGGUACUUACACCGCUGGCUUACCGGUGGUUUCUGGCGAUCAGGCCUCCUUGACUUCCUUGUGUUUUCCGUUUCACUGUUUUGAGCUGUGAUAGGCAUUCCCGUCUUCAUUUCGUAAAGUCAACAAAAAAAAAACAGUAUUAUCAAAACAACCAUGAUUCCACAUUUGUGCUCUAACCAAAGGCCUUUAAUUCACAACAAUUCAUAGAGGAAUAUAACCCAAGAGUUUAGUCUCGGCAUCAGGUCUGUUGAAGCAUGUUUCGUGAGACUACAGAAAUGACAGAGCUCUUCAAAUCCCUUUUGCCUUCACCCCUCUGCACUCCAAAAUCAGUAUAAACCACACAAGAAGAAUCCUUUUUGUAUUUUUAUAAGUGUUUACUGGAGAUGUGUAAGUGGCAAAUUGUCACCAAAGUUUUCUUCCCCUUUGAGAGAAAUUAUCUAAGCCACUCCAUAGUAAGCGGCAACCCAAGGUAAGCUCCGAAUGCAGGUUCCGAAAGAAAGAAUGUUAAGAACCGAGUGGAACUCAAGUGGCAAACUUACAAUAGGAGUUUGCAAGCGACAACAGUGCUUCCAUGGAUGCUUCUGGGAAGAAAUCCAUCUCAAAGUAACCCCACUGUCAUUGGUACAUCCAGCUCCUCGAGGUCUCAAUGUUGGUUCUUAAUUUGGUCUCAAUGUUGGUUCUUAAUUUGGUCUUCCUUGCAGCCCAGUUAGUUAAUAUCUGUCUUUGGUAAGCACUACUUUAAUGCUCUUGGUAUCCAUCCCUUCCCAUUUAUCAAGGGGUGGGUAGAAAUGGCCUUAUAAACACUAAUCCUAAAGCAAAAUAAUGAAUGACAGAUAAGUUGUCUGAACCAGGCACCAAGAGUACAGAGCAGAGAUGGUGCAUUCUGUGUGGGGAGAUCUAGAAAGUUCACAGAGGAGAUAAUAUUACCAUUAUCUUCUGAGAUAAAAAAAAAAAAAAGUCUUAAACACUAGCAAAAUGAAAAGUAUGUUUCCUUAGAGAAUUUCAGCCAAGAGAGCAACGACGGGAAAACUUUACUAGUAAGUCAGGUCCAAGGCCAAGCCAAUCAUCGUGCUGCUCCCUCAAGCCUGAGAAUGAGGCUUGCAGCAUCCUGAGUUUCCUAACUAUUGUCCACUCCUGGCAAUGUCAGGCUGUCACUCAUGAAAAUAAGUAGUUAGAACACUAAGCAGCAUUUCCAGAGAUGGACAUUCCAUGCCAUUCCAUGCCGGGAUAUGCCACGUCGAUCGUUGAUCCACCAGGAAGGCAGAGGAAACAUUUAGCCAGGUGUUUGUUCAAAAUUGAAAUUCAAAAUGACCCUGUCACUUGUCAGGGGCAGGCGAUUGGUGAGGGAAAACAGGAGAAAGCCAGUCAAAUUGUAGCAAUGAAAUCUUAGUAUUUUUGUACUUUGAAACAGUUUUCUUAUAACAAAAUAAAGUAGCAAAAACUAUUCAAGCCGGCUUUUUCUUCUUAUUUAAAUAUUCUGCAUAAACUUUAGCUGUUGCCAGGGUUAAGAUUAUGUUUGCCAACGUAUCCUCACUGUAUCUGUGUAGGGAGGUACAGAUGGGGCUGGGAGAGUUGCCUUGCUGACCCUUUAAAGCAGUGGUACUCAACCUGUGGGUCACGACCCCUUUGGGGGUCAAAUGACCCUUUCACAGGCGUUGCCUAAGACCAUCAGAAAAGAGAUCUUUACAUUAUGAUUCAUAACAGUAGCAAAAUCAGUUAUAAAUUAGCAGUGAAAAAAAUUUGAUGGUGGGGGGGCACCACAACAUGAGGAACUGUAUGAAAGGGUUGCGGCAUCAGGAAGGAUGAGAAUCGCUGCUUUAAAGGAACCUUAGCAGCCACUGGUGUAAAAUAAAGUACAGAGAGGGGAGGUGCCAUGCUGGGACUAUCAUUCCUUCCAUCCCUGGCAGCCCUGACCCAGCUUCACUCUUCCAUUAAAUAACUAGAGUGUGCCUCCCAGGACCUCCCUUCUACUAAUUGUCUAUCAGGCCAAACUUAGAUUAACUUUUCCUCUGCCAUGAUCCCACCCUGGCUCUUGGGAAGUUCUUGGGAAAAUAAAUAUAGGGACCUAACACUUACAAUGAGCACAAACGUUAUACAUAUGACCUACAAGGAGCCCCUAUUGUUAUACCCUAUGAGAGUUACUUUUUACCCUCAUGAUAAGAAAAGAUAAUCUCUUAAAUCCUAAAUUUUCUGGGAGUCCUUCUACCGUGAACUUCAUAGAUGGAAGACCCGGGAGAGGCACCAAAUCUCAUUCUAGCUGUUUAGACAUUUGUUGAACAUUCUUUGUGCUGUUCUUUAGACUCCCAACCCAUCCCCAAACUAUAGACAUAAAAGAGUCUCGGACUCAUAAACACUAAAAGACUGGGUCUUGGGCUGGGCUACCAUGAGACAUUUCCAGCUUGUAGAGUGUCAGCCUAAUUCUCCUUCUGACCAUGGAGUUUUCAGAGUACCACCAGGAUAUCCCAACAAAUACCAAAGUUUCAGGAGCCACUCCUGGAGAAAAAAAAAACUUGAGAAAGGGACCCUCAUCACUCACUAAUGGUGGCCCCAUCUACAGCCACUCAUUUUGGUCCUCUGAUUACAAUUGUAUAAGACAAAGUAGGGACAGUCAUGUACCUGUUCCCACCCUCACUGCCAAUGAGACUUCCCCAAAGAGCUUAGGAAGAUUUCCCCAGACCCUACAGUUUAAUCCAGUCAGAAUUGGCGAGAUGCAUCCCCAGCUUUGAUUCUAAUGGACAGCCUAGGACAAAGUCUGCAUCUGUACCAUCUUCAUCGUUUCUACAGGCCAGCCACCGUCCCCACCCUGCCCAAAGUCAGAAUGGAAUAACAGGGCCUGGGUGGGGGAGAGACUCCCUGACACAUGGAAAGCAAAUUUGCAGUCACCACAAUGCCUGUGACUUAGCCACAAGUGUGGUCUUUCCAAAAUCCAGCCCCCUACAGUUUUUAUUUUUAUUUUUUAUUUUUUCAACAUAAUCUUAAUCUUGAAAGGGGCAAAUAUCUAAAUCUGAGCCUUGCUAAAGUUCUGGGACAUCUUGCUAAAGUCCUGGGACAUUUUGUGUUACCUAAGAAACAAGUCCUAAACACCGACCUCCUUCCCACCUUCCACAUUGAAUGAGCUGGUCCCACUUAAGAGCAGAUGUUUAAAUUUUGCUUAAUCUCUCCUUUCUUUUGAUAAGGAUGUACUUGUAUAAUCACAUAAUGACCUGUUUACAUUUCCUGGCUUGGGGGCUGUAAAACCUUAACCCCUCCCCUCUUUCCCUGCCACACAUGCGGUUCCAGAGACAAACAUCUUUGUAUUCUCAGAGCCAAAUUUAGAUAGAAUUUGUAAAUGCAGGUGUAUUUUUGUAACUUUUUUGCAGUGUAUUGUCCUCUUUAUGUAGCACUGAACUUUGUAAAAUAUAUUUUUUUAGGGAAUUCAUUUUUUAACUAAAAAAACUGCAUGCUUUAGAAAAACUGCAAUAGAAUCAAACUUUGAAAUUAAAAUCUUUGCUUAAAAAUGGUUCCACAGAGGUGAUGGGGGAGAAGUCUCUUUUCUCUUAGGCGAGUGUGCAACCUCAGGGUUGAGAUAAGCUAGGUAGGUCCUUGCCACAGUGAAGGAGAGGAGGGUCAUUGCAGAAUCCUUACAGGAAAAAAGGAUGGACACAAGCUUACUGCUGGACUGAGCAGGAGCUGAGGAUUCUGGGUUAACAUAAGAAUUACUGCCAGCUCACCACUACUAGAAGAAUUUCAAUGCGUAGCAUUCUCAGGUCAUCUGCCAAUAUGACCUUGUUAGUGUAAGAGAUUCGAUAACAUAACACUUCGUUGGUUUGUGUAUGCUAAUAUGACAUUAACUCCAAUUAUUUUGUUUUUACAUUUACAAAUGUCAUUCGCUUAUUACUCUAUACUAGAAGUGUCUGGAAAGCCAUAAUAUUUAUGCUGUUUGGGUUACUCAGUGUAUUCCUGAAGUCUAUCAAGUGCAAACAUGGUCACUCAAAAGAGGGUUUUAAAACUGUUGAAACCUAGUCAUACCCAAGAAUAAUCAAAUAUGAAUCUCUAUAGGGUAAAAUCUGAGAAUUUUUACUAUUUUAGAAAGUCCUAUGUCCCUUCUAAUGUACAGACGAGGUUAAACAUCACAAGCUUAGGGAUGAGCCCUGAACUCACAGAUAUCUGUGCGGAUACAAAUGAUGCCCAAACCCAGAGAAGCCUACGUCUGCUCAUCAGUAUCUCAGUGUUACGGUGUCAUGUCCGGAACUGAGGCUGCUGUCUAGGCGUUAGAGGGUAAACUAUCUAUCCAAUGAGCAAGAGGCAAAGGAAUUAUAACACAGACACCCCCACCACCAUUUUUGUGUUGCCUAAGCAUACUCUAUUAAGAAUGGAUGGUCGUGAAGAAAAGGUGUUAUGCUGUGUAUGUAUCCACCAUUGUCAGACACCCGCUAACCUGAUGCAACACACCAAUCUCCAUUUUCCAAAAGGAAAAUCUUGACCUACUGAUUUGACUACAAAGGGCAAACUUGAAGAUAAUUACCAAAUACUUAGGUGACUUUUAUAGGAAUAAAGCUCUAAGAACAGGAAUUUUACAUUAAGACACACACACACACACACACACACACACACACACUGAAGCAGCUAAUCCAGGCUAUUCUGCCAUGUACAUAUACACAAUAAUCCUCUGAGGUCUAAGCCUGUCUUGCCUGAAUUACCAGAGAAAUUGCUAGGAGUCAUUACCCCCAACAACAGCAGAAAAAUAUAAGAAUUUAAGUUUGUAUGUCUUAGAUGCAUAUUUUACUUUGAAAAUUCAGUUCCUGACUCUCCUGACUUGAGCACAAAGUCUGGUUGCUAUGUAACACAACGGCAUAGAAAUAAGCCAUCCCAGGAUAUAAUGGCUGCUCCUAGACGUGAUGACAUGAUCAGUUAACACCAGACAGCAGUAAUUUCAUGUCGGUUUCAUUCAAGCAAUUGCUUUAUAGCUUUUUCUAUGGCACAUUUUAACUUUGUAACGUUUUCACGAUGAUGAAUGCAAUAACUGUACAAAUGAAAAGCCGGAUCUCUUUUACAUACUGUUGAUAGAACAUGUUGAUUGUACAUUAAGUAUUAAAGAUUUAGGUCUAUGUUCUUCAUUGUUUGCUCCUCCUAAGAACUUAAUUAUUUUGCAUUCUUUCUUAACACUGCUGUGUUGGUUUCUGCUAUUUUUCAUAUCUGACUAUAGACAUUCUUUCUUGAAUUUUUUUCCUUGUUUUCAGAUUGGUUUUAAUUUGACUUGCUGAUGUUGCGGUGCCGUGUGGCCCAAUAAGCUGUAUUCCCUGCC